CAGGGAUUCUUUAUAUUUAUUUUCCACUGCGUGUUAGAUCAACAGGUUUGUUACAUACUUAUUCGCUAUUUUUUUACCUUAGCUAGUUCUUAUGACAGUCUUCAUCAACGAUAAAUUGAAGUUAGUAUUUUUAUGAUUUCAAACCCUUAAUCCUAUCUUACUAUUGUUUGUUAGGGCUGCAGCCGAGUUUUCAAUAGAUUUGAGGUCAAUUGAGACUUAGAAUUACUGGCAUAGCAACUUUUCUUAUCCACGUUUAUUCGGCAAGAAAGUAAUUAAAUCUCAGUUACAGCCUCUGUUUUUAUGGCGCCCAUAAUUCAAUUGUUUUUAAAGACAGAAAUUGUCGCGUAAAGUACAACAACACAACAACGAAGACUAUACAUUUGGGGCUUGAUAAAGAGAAUGUGUCUAAACAAAAUCUAAACGUCAACAAGUCAAGACCAUCUGUAACAGCACUCAAUCCCUUUCAUUCCAUUCCCCUCCGACCCCUGAUAAAUUAGAUAGGUGCUGCAUUUCCCGAAGCUAGUUUACUGGGCCCAAAUAAAGAACUUACAAACAACAUGGAGUUAAAUGGCUAUGGACGAAGCCCAUAGCCUCUUUUAUUAAAAUGACAUUAAUAUUCUUUUCAUUUGUGUUAUCUAAUUUACGAGAGUUUUGUUCGCCCAGUAAAGGUGAGGGCAACCCAAAACGCCAACCCAAGGCGGGGGAGGGGCGGGUAAAAAUUGACCUUUUAGCAGCGAGUAGCCAGAGCGAAUGACAGUACGCAAUAGGCUAUUUGCACGAUAGCGUCAUUACAACGACUAGAGCCCUUUUCGUUUUUCCUUUCAUAUUUAAAUUUUGUAAUCGCAGUGAGGUUUAAAGAACAAAAGACCUAAUUUGCACAAGAAAGCAAAACUCUGAAGGAUUCUUGUCGUAGUCGUAAAAUGAUGUCAUAGUAGAAAUGGCCUAUUGAAGCAUCGACUCCACGUGCGACCAAACUGUAGAGGGGGAAGCAAUUGGUCAAGAUGCAGAAAACCCCGAUCAAUUGCACGGAUAAUGUCACGCAAUAAUAAUCGAGUUACUAUAAGUGGAGGGGAAAAGCAUAAAAAUCCUAUUCGCAAGCAAAUAUUCCAUUUAUGUUUAUUAACUUUCAAUUGUCAGUAUCCAACGGCUAGCGAUGCUUGAAGGUCAAUGAAAAAGAGAAAUAGGUGCCUUUGGUGAUUCAACAAACCAUCAGUGCUUCCGGCUUAAUAUUCAGUAGACAGAAAAAAGUGAUGGGCAUAACGAGAAUGAAAAAAAAAAAAAAAAAAAAAAAAGGAACAGUUUUUGUGUAGCCAAACAUAAUAUCAUCUUCACAAUCAUAUUUUGUUUUAGGUUCGAGUAGCGAUAGGCACGUGGAGAAAUAAACGAGAGCGAACAAGCUAUGCUUCAGGAGCCGAUUCAACUUACAAGGUUAUUCUAAUUGAUGUUUAAUGAGUGUUAGGAAAUCAGUUUACAAGACUUUUUAUUUUUGCAUCCUUAAUUUCUCUAAGUGAAAUCAUUUUGUUGAAGAGGAAAUAUCGAACAUUCGACACAGUAUUUUAUCAUAAGAUUAAACACCUCGAAGUUCAUCUAAAAUACUCCGCUUUUUUUCGACUCUAGUCUCAGUGUUUCAUCUUGUGACGAAACGCUUUCUUACGUUUGUGAAAUUACUUAAAGUUGGAAGCAGACCUGUUGUAAUUCAAAGAAAAGACUUGCGUCCACAUUGUUCACAGGUUUAAUUUACUAUAGAUGGUUGACAUUAACGAUUGUCAUUCUUUUGCUAGAACUAACAAAAAAAUUAAGCCUUGGGGUAAAAGCAGUGACAAAGGGUGAUCUUUCAUUCGAUUGAAGAAUUGAACAGUGAUAAUAACAAUGAAACCAUGAUUUCAUGAAAUCAGAACUAACUACACCAAUUCAUCCGAUAAAUUAAAUAAUUAGUCAAGGAGAACACCUAGCUAACUAGUUUGGGGGUAUGUAUUUUGCAUUAACAAACUGACUCAUUUUAUUUUUUUUACGCCAAAUAUGACUGCUUAUUCUAGAGCAAUCGAAUGACAAACGGCCUUCCUACCAAGAUAUUACCGACAAUUGGAGUUAAGAUGUCCAACUUGUCAGAGAGUAGACCUUGUGAAAAUAGAGAGGUCAGUGUUAGCCUGUCCUAUCAUAAUAUGCGGAGUCAUUUUAGAACUGUGUGUUCAUGUAUCUAGAUGGAAUUUGGAGAACGUUAUCGCCAAAUAGACCUCUUCCGUCUAGCAUCUUUUUUUACUUUUAAAACCUAUUUGCAACGUUGCCAUUAUAAAAACCAAGGGUGUAACGUUGCCUUUUUCUCCUCUACUCCUUUCCUUUACUCCUUGCUCUUACUAUUUUUCCUUUCUUUUUCCUUCGUCAGUGUGAUUUUAAGCCUUCAGCAAGCAAAAAAAAGGCAUUUUGGCUCUUUUCCACUAAAACGGGUGCAAAUUUCGUUAGGUUCGUUAGUGGUAUAGUAGGUACCGAAUUUACCCUUUUUUGAGGUAGAAUCUCUGUAGUAUGGUAGUGGUGGUGGCGGUGGCGGAGGGAAAAUAAAAAAAAAAUAUGAGAAAAAUGCCCUAAAAGCUAUUUUGCCUUUGCCCUCAUAAAUAAGCCGAUUUCCGCGUCAAGAAUCAGUAAAACGGAAUCUGGACGUAAAUUGUCUGCAAUGGACAAUGAAAACGGAAGGAAAAAUAACUUGCCUAAUUAUCUUUAAUAAAAUUCUUUAGUAUUUUAUUCAUGAGAUAAAGAAAAAAGGGCUAUUACGACAUUAAUUUAUCGCACUUCGAACUAAUCUCUUGAUGAAUGUAGAGCUCUUUCGGCCAGUUGGGAUUCUUAACCUUUUGGGCUACAAUGAAAACUACUAACCUCUUUAAAGUCAAAAGCGGGUCUGGAAUUUAACCGUUUGGGUCUGAAAUAGGGUACAAGUUCGUGAUCCCCGUGGAACCUGGGAACCCGAAAAGUGCUUUCUUCGGUCUCUCAGCCUUCCUUUUGAAGGUAAAUCAGUGAACCUUCCCAAAAGUAGUAAUUUGGGCUAAUGAACGUCCGAAACAUUUAAUUUUGAAUUUCCCAAAACGCAGGGGUUCUUGUCUUAGAUUGAGUAGCAAAGAUCAGAUAUUUCGGUUUAAAAUAGGGUAAGGGUUUCGGGAAUCUUGCUGAGCCGCCUCACCUUAGUUUUUUCAUGAGUAACCCGGAUACAGUAAAAAGUGGUGAUCAGCAAAAACUUCGUUGUUGUAAUACUGGCAUUUGUUAAUUCUCUGUUGUAGGUCUCAUCUACCUGGAUGAAAAACGAGACAAACAGGGCUUAUAUAAUACAAUCAUGAAAGUUUAAAGAGCCCAAAAAGAAGUUGUCAAGUAGCAGAAAAUCUACAUUUGUUUUAUUUGGUAUCGACGGU